CAAAAUUGUUUUUGUUUUUUUCAAUCUUAAAAGUGACAAUAACUGUAUUAUAUAACAAUACUGUCUUAAAUAAUUUGAGCAGUUUAUUCAUGUUAUGUUUCAAUAUAGUUUAACAUCUUUGUCAAAAGUAUUUAAACAUCAUAUAUUAUCAAAACCGUCAUUUUCAGCUUGUCUUAUUUUGAAGAAAAUAAAAAAAGGAAAUUGUUACAGCAGUGGUUUCAGUGUCGGCGUAAGCGGUGUGAAAAAACCCUUAAAGCUUGGCUAUAGCUUAAAACGGUUUAGGAUAUUUAAAUAAAACUUAGUUUACAUGUUGAUAGACUAUACGCACAUACAUAUGAAGGCCAGUAACUCUGAUAUUUAAAUUUGUCAAGUUAUGCCCCUUGUAUCCUAAAUGAAGGACAAGCGUUGAUGUUCACUCCCUAUAACUUAAACGCAUGUGAAUUCAAUCACUUAAAACUUGAUGUUAGUUUAAAACAAAAGUGGAAGGUGUGAUUCAUCUUAUGUGUAUAUAUCAUCUAUAAUAUUUUAGCAAAAAUAAGCUAAUAAUUUUCCUAUUUUAGUUAUACCCAAAUGCGUUUUUUGUUUUGUGUUAUUUCACUUUCGGCGUCGAAGCAGCUGAUGUGCUCUUCUUGAUAUAAAUGUGUGCCACUAGUGUUUUGCCACUUUAACAUGUAUCUUGAUUUUUUAAAACCCAGCAAGAUUCCAACCGCCCCCACACCCCAAGCUUUUUAAAAGUAAAGCGGGAAAGGAAAAAUACCCUUUUUUUGCAAAACAGUCUGCUGGGGACGGAUGUUCUCGGGUCGAUAUGACCUACUUUGUAACACAUUUUGCAAACAAAAUUCACCAAUCUUGUCUCAAUGAAGCUUUCUAUCGAAAACAUAAAUCAUUACAUGGCAUGCAAUAUAAAGUUGUAACAUGCAAUGAACUCGAUUCCUUCAAGUACAUCUGAUGUAUUUUGCUAUAGAUAAGUUUGUAUAUAUACAUUUAGUACAUUAUAACUCCUGCUAAUCAAUUAAUUUUAAACGACCCCCACCUUGUGUUUCGCAGGCUCAUGUUCCCUUUAAUUACGAAGCGGCCGAAUAUUUGCCUAUGUUUUCAAUAAUAUUAAAGGUCGUUUAAAAAUAACUUGUGAUAAGCAUGAGUUUUAAUGUACUUAAUGUAAAUACGCAUGUGGAAAACCAUGGAUGAUAUUUUAGUGAAGUGAACUAUGUUGUUAUCUUGUUUAUAUGGUCCUGUUAUCAGUUGCAGUUCAUAUGACAAUGAUUGUAAUUGGUUACCGAACAAGCUUCGACUUGGUAAUUUGAUUCAUGUUCGCCCGUGUUCGGAGACGGGCAGAUAAAAUGCGGAAGACUGAAUUUAAAAAAACAUGACGAAUUAAAAGGAGACAAUUUAUGCAAAUGUUUACGACAUGGUCAAAUUCGUAUAAAGAUACUACACUUAUGUAACGGGUUGUAUCAUUAUGAAAUUUUAGAUUAGCAAGACAAUCUCUUAGGGUCAGUCAUAACCUUUUCGAUUUUCAUGGCAAUUUAAUCAAACUUGAAGUGAAUGUAAAGCAACAGUGUAGGGUGUAUUUCGCAUUAGAUUUGUGCUCUCAUUUUAUAUAGUUGCACAAUUUUGCGUUCAAAGUAAUAGUUUUUGUCGCCGCCAUAACUGUUUUCAUAUUUGUAUAUAUGUCUACGAGGCUCGUAGCACCAAAAGUUAUAUUUUCAGGGGUAAAAUUUAUGCAUUUUUCCAUGAAAAUAAACAUUGUUUUCUUUUCAUUUUAAGCUUAUGACUCAUUAAAAACAAAAUAAAUUGGUAUUUGAUUGUAAAGUCGGUCAAAAUUGAGCGAAAUGACGUUAUACUACAAACGACGUGAUUCAUUUUCCUUCCCAGCACUAUGUGCGAUAACAUUCGUGUUUUUUUAAUAAAGUAAAACAGUGAACUCAUGUUACGAUUAAUUCACUUCUCAAACGGUGAGUUAAUCAUUUAUUUCCAAUGAACUUCUGAAUAGCAUGUCAUAAAAGAACUCUGCAAUCAGAUCUAAUUAACUCAAUUUACCAGGCGGCAAUGAUUUCGAUUAACAACCUUCUUAGAAAUAAAAUGAUAAAAUAGCAGGUAGGAACGCCUGCUACGCCUUUCAGUUUCCCAACUUAUUAUGUUGGUCAUGAGUACGCCUUACCAUUUAGUCCUUGCAUGAUAUUUUAUCUGAUUUGGUUGAUUGUAUUUCCCUAGAUAAUUUACAGAUAUUUUAUCUGCAUUCCACUUUAUGACUUGUUCGUUUCCCGUCAAUUAAACAUGUACAUAUAGCACGCUUAUUAUAGUUCAAGAUAACAAUGUAAAAACAUUCGAUGAAUAUUGCACAAUAUCUGAACUAUCUUAACUAACGAUUGUUUAAAAGUUAGUCCACACCAAAUUGAUGUCAUGGUCAGCGAGCGAACGAACGCAUCAUGUUUAAAUUUUUUAAAGCGAUUGUGGUAGUGUGAACAAAUAAUUGCGUAUUUUUAUCAUUGAAUUUACAUGAUUUCAUACCCAAAUUCAACAUCAGAUAGUAUCUUAUACAUUUUUACAUAUUUAAUGUACUUUAAAGCCAAACUCUAGUUUCGGUUUGUAGUUUAACUGCUACAGUUCAUAAAAAUGGUAAUAUUAGUGUUCCAGGGCACAUUUAUUUAAUACAUAGUUUGUUUGAGGGAUUUUAUGCGUGUAUUGUGAUUACAUAUUUUUGUAAGAAUAUCUCAAUGAUUUAGACGCGCACUGGCCUACUGGAAUGUCUCACCUUUUACGUAUCAAUAUGUUGAAAACUUUACUUGACAAAAAGAAACUAUACAAUUGAAGGGCAAUACUUAUUUUGCACGAUAACUAUUGAUUGCAGAAUCCGAUAAUCUGUUUAACAUUUCUGCUACAAGGAGCUUAGGAUUUAUUCAGAUUUCCAUCUCAAACUUAGUUUAAAGCCCAUUUUUAAAAUCUUAUUUAAUGGCAAAUGUUGGCCAUUGGAUAUUGGGAAACUUAAUAAUCGAUAAAAACUCAAGGGAUAUGCCUUAGUUAUUUUCAUUUGACGGAUUUCAUAAUAUUUGUCUAUAUUUAAGGGUUUUAAUUAAGCAUUUAACGAUGAGAAUUACUAAAUGCUUGUGUUUAAACAAUUUAGAUCACAUGUUUAUGAAGAUUAUGUAUUUCGAAUCAACGUUUAUUUGUGCGUGCGGCGAGGAAUUUGAAAGAAAAACAAUUAUGUUGAAAUCGGAAUUCGUCGGUGGAGAACAUCUCAUGACUAAUGCAUCAGUUUGGUGUAGUCAAUAAGUAGGAAUCCAUUGUUUCAAACAAAAUAAUCAUAAAAGUCCCAUAUUGCGUAAUUAUCUCUCGAGCGUAGUAUAUAAAGCAGCUGAGUACCUACAAUUUAAAGAUACACAAUUUGGUUUUGAAAGGUUUGGAGCAUAUAACAUUAGAUAGUGUUUACAUAUUCUUAAUGAGAAUGAAAAGUGAAGGACUUUAAUCGUACGAAAUAUUCGCCGUUGAUAACGUGUUCUAUAUGAUAACAUUUUAAUAUAUUUGAUUAAUUUGUUGAAAUAAGUGAUCGAGGUUUGAUCUAGCGGAUCGGUUCACAAUACAACAUUAGUAGAUACCGUUUUACACGAUGCCCGGGAAAGAAUACCAGUUAUUUCUCAGAGGUCUCAAAGGGACAACGACUAGAAUUGCAAUUGAUGAGGAUGCUUCCAUCGCUUCCCUGCGUAAGAAAUGCUCAGACAUAUCUGGAGUCCCUGAUGAUGAAAUGCGUGUCCUGUACUGCAGCAAAGAGCUGCGAUCUGAGGAUGAGCAUGGCGACGCAAACUACCUUGAAGAUUAUGACAUUAAAGACGAAGGCAACUUGACUCUUGUGCUGCGGCUCCUUGGUGGAUCGAAUGAGCCAGAGGAUUUGAGUCCACCGCCAAAAUUGUAUGAGGGGGAAGUUACAUUGACCGACAAGCCCGAUAUGUUUACCCUAGAUGACGAAAAAGGAGGCCAGCGUGCUGAGAUGCCAUGUGGUCAUGUAGUGGGACCAGAGUCGUUGACUGCAUGGUGCAGAAGUCUGUUAAGUGCCGGAAAAUUCGAAUUCCGUUGUCCUUACAAGGAAACACCGUCCUCCCCAUUUUGUGACCGACUGUGGGAAUUCUUUACUAUAAAGAGAUUAGCCGUGCUUACGAAGGCCGAAAUAAAGGAGUUUGAGACAAAAACAACCGAAAACUAUUUGCGAAAAGCAGUAGGGAUUCAAGAUUGCCCGAGUUGCAAGUCGUAUUGUGAAAGAAAGCGUAAAACUGACCAAAGGGUCAUCUGCCCGAUUUGCACAAAGGAGAAGGGCAAAUUGUACGAAUUCUGCUGGUUUUGCUUGAAGCCUUGGCUUACUGCUGGAAACGGAACCAAAGAUUGUGGAAACGCAUGUUGCACUGGCGAAGAUCCUCGAAAAAAGAUAAUUAAGGAUUGUCCUAAGAAGACUGUCAUUGGAGUUCCAAAUUGUCCAGCAGUACGAGCAUGCCCAUCGUGUGGCUUACUCAUUGAGCAUAAAGAUGCUUGUAAGCAAAUGGAAUGUCCAUGCGGACAAAAGUUUUGCUUCAUUUGCCUACAGAAGGCUAAUGCAAGAGGGCAGUAUCAGUGUGGAACUUGGAACUUUAAGUGUGCGAUUGCCCCGAUCCAAACGGUUAUUCCCGGAUCGUAAACUAAACUGGUUAUAAAGUAUGUAACUACGACUUAAAAUUGAAAAUAACGUCAGACUUAUGGUUCACUUGUUUUUUUGUUUGUUUAUUGUAUAAUGACUAUGUAACCCAUAAUCCAAUGUACUGUAUCGAGGUACAGUUAAUGCUUUAUAUGUAUCUGGAUUGUUUUAUUAAAAAUUGAAUGUCAUUUCAUAAGUUACCCCAAUUUUUUAAUUUAAGUAUCCUAUUGUUGUUACAUGUACCAUAAUGAUUAUGUUUGUUUCGUACUGAAAUGUUUCAACUGUGUGUAUAAUUUUAAAUAAACAUACAAUACAU